GACGUCACAGGGCCGUCCUCCGCAUAGGACUGCCAGAGUGUUCACUUCACAGCCGCCAGUGAGCAUCUCGGUACUCAACAACUUCCAGCGGACUGCUUCAAACACUUUUGGACUCACAGGGGGACACCGUACCAACAUGGGUUGCUUCGAGUGCUGCAUCAAAUGUCUAGGUGGCGUCCCGUACGCCUCGCUGGUGGCCACCAUCUUGUGCUUCUGCGGCGUGGCCCUCUUCUGCGGCUGCGGCCACGUGGCCUUGACGGGCACCGUCACCAUCCUGGAGACUCACUUCUCCAAGGUGGCCAGCGAUCACGCCAUGCUGACUGACGUAGUCCAGCUGAUGCAGUACGUCAUCUACGGCAUCGCCUCAUUCUUCUUCCUGUACGGCAUCAUCCUGCUGGCCGAGGGCUUCUACACCACCAGCGCCGUCAAGGAGCUCCACAGCGAGUUCAAGACCACCAUCUGUGGACGCUGCAUCAGCGGAAUGUUCGUGUUCCUCACCUACAUCCUGGGCGUGGCCUGGCUGGGCGUGUUUGGCUUCUCGGCCGUGCCGGUCUUCCUCUUCUACAACAUGUGGUCCACCUGUGCCGCCAUGAGGUUGCCCACAGCCAACCUCACUGACGUGGACUCCAUUUGCGUGGACGUGCGUCAGUACGGGAUCAUUCCAUGGAACGCCACGCCAGGGAAGGCCUGUGGAUCCACGCUAGGGGACAUCUGCAACACCAGUGAGUUCUACCUGUCAUAUCACUUGUACAUCGUAGCCUGCGCUGGAGCCGGCGCCACCGUGAUCGCUCUGAUCCACUUCCUCAUGAUUCUCUCAUCAAACUGGGCCUACCUUAAGGACGCCAGUCAAAUGCAUGCCUACCAAGACAUCAAAAUGAAAGAAGAGCGAGAGCUGCAGGACAUCACGUCACGCUCCAAGGAAUGCCUUAAUUCCUACACAUAAGGGCAUGACCACACACUACACAAACACACACAAACACACACACACAAACACAUUAUUAUUGGGUAUACACACAAAGGGCGCACCAGGCUGAGCUUCAACAACCACGUGUGCCGUACUAACAUACUAACUCAGGGGUGGGCAAACUACGGCCCGGGGGCCACAUCCGGCCCGCCAAGUGUUUGAAUACGGCCCGCCCAAUCUUUCAAAGGUAUUUCAUUUAAACUCAACAUACAACCUGGCAUCAUGGCCUGAGACAACCUUUUUGAUGGUUGUAUCAAUUUCGUUGUUUGACAUGGUGUGUUGUUUACAAAGUGCUCCUGAAAAAAAGAGACACAAGCACAUAAUAAUAAUAAAAAUUAAAAUAAUAAUUAUUAUUUUUAUUUUAUUUUUUAUUUUUUAUUUUAUUUAUUAUUAUUAUAACUAUUAUGAUUAUUAUAUUUAUUAUAUUAAUGCUAAUUAUUAUAUUAAUUAUAUAUAAUAAUAUUGUUAUAUUUGCAUAUUUUACAUAAUAAUAAUAUAAUAAUUAAUUUAAUUUUAAUUAUUAUAAUAUUUUAUUAUUUUUAAAAUAUUUAAAUAUAAAAUAAUAAAUAAUAAUAGCAGAUUGCAUGACAAUUUUACAGAUACAAUAAUACCAGGUGGACUGUUACGUGUAAAAUAUAUAGUCUGCCCCCCCCGGAAAUUUUGUUAUAUCAAUGCGGCCCGCGAGUCAAAAAGUUUGCCCACCCCUGUACUAACUCCACACGCUGCUUCUAUACUAACUCACCAUGCAGUAUUUUUUGGAUGAUUUCACAUAUUUCUAUUGAGAGGAUCUGCUGUGGCUGCCAUUUUGUGUACACUAAUAAUACAUCAUCACAUGAAACUGUGCUGUUUAGUAAAAACGUCAAAUAUGCAUGGAGGCAGUAAUAGUACAUGCAAAGGUUGAACUUCAUGGCCUACAUUAACUCUACCUCAGGGGUCUGCUGCAGCCGGAUGACGGUGGAAAGGUACAGCAUGUUUGCCUAUUAGUUAUUAUUAUUAUUAUUAUUAUUCAUGUUAGGCACAAUGUAAUACAGUGGGCAUAUAAUACAGGAAGCAAUGUCAUAAAAACGGGCUGCAGCCAAUCACGAGCGGAGCAGUUCAUCAUAAUUUCAUCUUUCAACGUUAGCUUUUUUUUUUUUUUUUUUUUUUUUUUACUCGAAGUGUGCUUUGGUGUCGCUCUGAAGACCUUGAAGGUGUGACCUGUGAAUUUUUUUUUUUAAUUUUUUCAUAAUUUUUCUAUAUUUGCUGUGCUAUAUUUUGAUGUGCUAUUAAUGUGUAAUCCCUUCAUUAUCCUAGUUGCAUGAGGACAUGGCGUUCCCGAGUAAUAAUACCGAUACGGUCACUUAGUAUACCGACUCCAAGUGGUAGGCAGCGUUUGCCCCUUUUUUUGUUUUUCUUUUUUUAAAAAUACAAAUGACAGCGCAGUAGUGAUACAUGCUUUUUAGUUAUCCUACAGUAUGUAAAAACUGUAUUUGUACACACUUUUCUGUACGUGUUUUCUGUGAACGUUAAGGGCUUCCCUCAUUGAGGUAUCACUUUGCAUGAAUUGAAACGCAAUCGGAAUUUCAGGUCCCAAAAAUGGAAAGAUCUGUCGUAAUUUCCACUGUGUAAGCCGCUACUUUUUUGUAACUACUAGUCGUUUAAAUAUUGUGCCGUUUGCUAGUCGGUGAGGAAAGAUGGAUUGUCAACCCACUGGAAAUCGCAGUAGGUCAUCUUUAGAAAGAACACUAAAAUCAUCACGCAGCAACUUAACACUCAAAACAUAGGUAAGAAAUACACAUGACCGAUAAGAGUUUACAGUAAAAAGGCAAGUACAAAUACUUAUAAACCGUAGAGGUACCUAUUGUGUAUAUUGCUUAUGUUAAGUUGCUGUGUGAUGAUUUUUAAGAUGAUACCGUGAGUCAGACUGUUAUAUUGAGCUAUAACAAUGACCUACGAUUUCCAGUGGGUUGAUGAUAAUCUUGUGAGUUUUUCCAUAGCUCCUGAUUGGCUCCUGUCAAAUAACGAACUACCUGGUCCUCACUGACUAGGGCGUGGCCGAUUAGGGCGUGGACUUGUACGGCUUAUACACUGGAAAUUACAGUACUUUUGAAUCAACCAAAAGCAUAAAAUGAAAAAAAAAACAUGCUAGCUACCUAUCAAUCAUGGGGAGAACAACAAACAAACAUCUUGUUAAACUGGGGGGGGGGUCCCUUUGGUUUUACACUACCUAUUUUUUUUUAAGAAAAAUAAAAAUUAAAUUACUGAAACAAAAUGUUGCCUAAUUUUGUCUUCUGAUGCUAAAACAAAAGAAUCAGAAAAUGAUCUUGUUGGUAAUUUAUUCAUCCAAACAAUAUAGAGCAAUAUAUAAAAAUAUCACCAGUGUUAAUAUGAACCGGUUCACCAGAAAUCGUCAUCGGCAUCUUCAUCCUUGUGGGAAUACGCCGCAAUGCUGUGGAAAACCAAGACACGCUCAUUUAGACGAGUCAAGUCAUAUUGAGGAGGGUAAGAUGCGGCUUUGUGGAAUUUGUGUACGAUUGUGCCUUAAAAGAUGCGUUUGUGCACCUUUUAAAAAAAUAAUAAAAAUAUGUGACUAUGUUUUGUAUAAACGGCAUAAUUGAGGGAACGGAGUCAACCUGCAAAUUUCCCAUUUUCUGAAGAUGUGAGACAGGCUGGAACAUUUUAUCCACUCACUGUAUUUUACCGACUACAAUUAAUUGUGUUAUUAUUUUUUAAUUAAAGGGGACAUAUGAUGCUUUUUUCCCCCACUUUUCGGACCUACAAGUCUAGUUAGAAUGUUACAUCCUCGUGUUAAACGAUGUCAUAGUUUCAGAUAAUGAGGUUUAAAAAAUGUGGGUCGUCUUAUAUUCAGGUCAAUACGGUAUUUGAUGGUAUUUGGGAUCUUCAUUCAACUGUGAGGAGGCCUGGAGUGACUACAGUAAACCUCGGAUAUAUCGGAUUCAAUUGUUCCCACUGGUUUUGUCCGAUAUAAGCGAAAUCCGUUAUAUGCGUAUACCGGAAAAUGUCCGUUUUACGCAUAUAUCGGAUUUAUAUCCGCUAUAUGCGUAAAUGGGAUUUUAUCCGUU